AGUUGACUGAGCUACUGGCAGAAGGCUCUGUGGCCUUCAUGAAGAGCCGCUUCCCUGGCAGACUCCACACCCACCAGCCUCGAUGGUCUGUGUCUGAAGGUCUCACUGACAAACAAGCGUGGGCUUUGAGAGGCGAGGUGUAUCGUGCUGGCCACACCCUCACCCCUCGUUUACUCGACUGCGAUGCAGUUACCACGACGAUAUCUCCUGGCUCCACCCACUACUCAUCUACGUCCAAGUGAGUAGGAGAAGAGUGCUGCAGAAAAGUGGAAAUGCGAAGAGAUGACAAGCCUCAGCGGAAGAGAGACGGCGCACACUGCAGCUGCUACAGACUGUAUGCACAGAGUACAUUCACCACCAAGUCCCUAUUCCCUGGUAAUCAGAGAUAGUGACCUGGAUGAUGCCUGUCAAGUCUGGAGCUGUUCCUGGAGAGUUACUGGGCUGCACUCGCUCCGUCUCCCUCUCUCUCCUCCGCCUCUCUCCCACCCUCUCUGAUGGUCUCUCUCUCUC